GCCUUUAUUUGGCAGCGCUCUGAUUGGCUGAAAGUUCUGUUGUGGCCGCGUGCUUAGGAGCAUCAAAGGCUUCAUGCUUUUUGCAUGCGACUUCAGAGAGACUUUGAAGUUCGGGCGUCUAGAGGCUGCUCGAGAAGAGGAUGUCCGCGUCCGCGAGCCUAAGGGAAUCAGACGGAGAUCGGGACAUGGAGCAGCGCAAAACCCAAGCGUCAAGCCAUCCUUUCAGUGUGGAGUCUCUUAUAUAUAGCCACAAAACCAGUAAGGACUUUGAAAGACGGCGCGAGGAUGUAUCCAUCCAGUUUGCUAAGACUGAGAUCAGAGAUUCUUGUGCUUCGGCUGGAAUACAAAAGCACUUUAUGCAGACCUCACCCGUCAAAUCGGAGUCGCCCGAGCCGGAUGACUGUACACCAUGGGUUAUUCACUCUAGAUACUCUCAAACUAGCCAGGAAAGUCCCUGUCCUCUCCGUAAGCACAAGAACAACCGCAAACCCCGUACACCAUUCACCACCACACAGCUCCUGGCCUUGGAGCGAAAGUUCAGACAGAAACAGUACCUGUCCAUUGCCGAGCGAGCAGAAUUCUCCAAUUCACUCACCCUCACAGAGACCCAGGUGAAGAUCUGGUUCCAGAACCGACGGGCCAAGGCAAAGCGCUUGCAAGAGGCUGAGCUGGAAAAGUUCAAACUGACUGCCAAACCUGCCCUCCACCCCAGUUUCAGUCUGCCUCUUCCUCUUGGAACUCAACUUCAUUCGGCUGUCUCACUCUAUGGCCAGUCAUAUCCCUACCACAGGCCGUUGUUGCCUGUUGCUCCAGUGGGACUCUAUGGAACACCUUUAGGGUACAGCAUGUAUCACCUCGCUUGAGAAGAAGUGCUACAGUAUGGACUAGUACUGAUCUAAGGAUGUACGAAAAACAAUGUUUACAAUAUCUUGGUGUCCAAGUCCAAAAAAAAAAAGCAGCAACCAAAAUUAAAUGUUUCAUAAUGUGCCUUGACCUGAAUUGAAAUGCCGGACAUUUUACUUCAUUUUUCACUGACUGAAAGUUCAAAUUUUACCCUUUGGAUGGAUAAUUCUGUUGCCAAACCUUUUGUGUAUAUUUGUGUCAUACAUCUUUAUAUAUUGUAAAAGGAAUUAUUUUGUGUACAAAAUACUGAGUUUAAAUUCCACUAAAUUUAAUGUUGAUUUUUAUCCCAAGUUCAUUACACAUUAUUUUUACUUUAUUUUUAAAGAUGGUCGUACCUCUAGCUAUAACUGAUAGACACUACUUUAUUGUUUGUUUGAAACAAAUUAGAAAUGGCUUGGUGAAUGAUUUUAUAUGAUAAAUACAUUGGUAUGUUCACACUAAGAAAUUUCCAAAUAGGAUUUGCCCUUUUGAGUUCAGUUUUACAUUUAUAAAAUUAAAGAUUUUUUUCUAUACUUCA